GGGGUGAUGAAUCAACAUACCACUUCUCAAGUGUCAUUAUUUUGCCAUUGUGCACGUGAAUGUGAAUCUCAGAAGCCAGUCUUGCCUACUAUAAAAAGUCCACCCAGGUCCAUCCGCCAGCAUAAAGAUUGAGCUCACAUGUCCAGCCACACUCCCUCGCCAUGAAGCUCGCCCACGUUCUACCCGUCCUCACCCUCGUCGUACCAAUCGCAUGCGGCAAAUAUAGUGAGCCUCCCUGGGAAGCGAAAGUGCCAACAGCCGAAGAAAAGAAAGCGAGGGAAGCAUGGCUCGACACCCAACGAGACAUCACCGCAGCAUGUGAAGAUCUCAUACUUGAGACUACACGGCCAAAGGCUCACCACCAGGAACAGCUCAACAAUAGGGUAGUGGUCGUACAAGAGGUCACAGAGGAAGCAUCAAAUAGGCUCCUUACGUUUGAGGGUCCUAUGGUCAGGGAUUCAUGUUAUGAUCUCGUGCAUUAUUUUCCCAAGGUUGUUGAAAAAUGCAAAAAAGCACUGGGGGCCCUUGAUGCCCCAAAGCUUGCUUGUUCGAAUGCCCUCAUUAAACCGGAAAAGAGCAACCUGGGCAAAAAAUUAAGGGAGCUCAGAUUUCUGUUCACGGUGUAUGACUACAACUUCAGCAAGAGAUGUGUGAAGGAUACAAGAAUAGCGGCUCCCCCCCUGCCAAUGGUCGAUGACAUUCGAUGGUAUCUUAUGAAUACUGCCAAUGCUUAUUCGGACAUUGAUGAGUACUGCAAGUCUAAAGGUUUGAACUCAUCAGAAAUUGCGGAUUAGGUUGAUGAUCGGCUGGAGGUUUCAGCUGUCGAGGGCCAGGGAUGGUUGAUUAACUUUGAGGCCCCCAACCGAGGAGCAGGGAUGAUGCAGCUGGGGUGCAACGGACGGUGGUGAAGUUGCAAGAUGGAGAGAAGAGAGAUUGUCAUUCAAUACUGAUUUAGAAUGGACAACUGAGUUCAAUUGAAUGAGUUUACUGUCAGAGAA